GUUUCAGUUCAUCGUGCCCAAUUCAUGGAGCAGCAAACACAGGCCCGUGUGCAUUCACCUGGCAGGCACCGGAGACCAUCACUACUGGCGGCGGCGGGUGCUGAUGGCAAGACCCAUGAUCCGCGAGGCAGGGAUGGCUUCUUUGCUGCUUGAGAACCCCUAUUAUAUCCUUCUGGGAUGCCAGAGCAGGGUCGGCUGCAGGCUGGGCUGGUCUGGGCUGUGCUGGACCUGGGCAUGCAGGGCACAGUUCCAAGGGCUGCUAAGAGGAAACCCAAGGAUCAGAUAAGGUCCAGCCUGCGGAACGUGUCGGAUCUGUUCGUGAUGGGAGGCGCCCUGGUGCUCGAGUCAGCCGCGCUGCUGCACUGGCUGGAGAGGGAGGGCUAUGGGCCGCUGGGCAUGACAGGCAUCUCCAUGGGCGGACAUAUGGCGUCCCUGGCCGUGUCCAACUGGCCCAAGCCCAUGCCGCUGGUCCCUUGCCUGUCCUGGUCCACUGCAUCUGGGGUUUUUACCACGGGCGUCCUCAGCAAGUCCAUCAACUGGCGGGAGCUGGAGAAGCAGUAUUACACGCAGACGGUUUACGAGGAGGAGAUCAUCCACAUGCUCGAAUACUGCGGGGCCGAUUCCUUCAAAACAGGCCAAGCGGAGGUGGCCUCAAGCAACACAGACCAGUUUGCUGGCCUGGGCCUGGUUCCCCAGGCUUUAAGUCUGGACACAAUGGGCUCAAACCCCACAGGAUGCCCUGAGUCUGGACACACACCCGUCUCAUCCCCCUCAAAUGGGCUCCUGCUGCAGGAUAGCUCUGGGCCAGAGAGUCUCACUCAGACUCUCCAAGACCACCGGCCAGGGCUUCUCCACCUCCUGGGCACAAAGCGAAGGCGGCGGCCGCGUCUGAAGGAGCCUCUAAUCUUCAUGAAGGGCGUCAUGGAUGAAUGCACCCAUGUGGGCAACUUCUCAGUCCCCGUGGAUCCAAGCCUCAUCAUCGUGGUCCAGGCCAAGGAAGACGCGUACAUCCCACGGUCAGGCGUUCGAAGCCUGCAGGAGAUCUGGCCGGGCUGUGAGGUCCGAUACCUGGAUGGGGGCCACAUCAGUGCCUACCUCUUCAAGCAGGGGCUCUUCAGACGUGCUAUCUAUGAUGCCUUUGACCGCUUCCUCCAGAAGUACGCCCAGUGACGGCCACCCAGCCAGGCCCCAUGGAUGCCCCCACUGCCACCCUGAGUUCAGGGUUCCUGUUCCAGAGCAGCUGCUGCCUUCGCAGUGUACUGGUGAAACGAGAAGCCAAUAUUCGGAUGAAAUGUGUUUGGUCCCUGUUUAUGAGGAUCACGUGUGUUCCCAGGAUCCAUACGAGAAUGUAUGCAUCUAGUCUGCUGUUGCUUUGGAUGAAGACUUUGCAUUUCAAAUUAUGAGUGAUUGUUUAAAACAGAUUUAUUCCUAGAAACCCUGUGGGUUUUUAGUAUAACUGAGAGAACUUGCUAUCAGUAUGACUGAUAAUCUCAGUGUGUAUUAUACACCCUUAAGAGUUCUUCUGCUGAUGACUUCAUCUGGGAAGCAAGCUCUUUCUGUUUCCUUUGGAUCCAGGGUAAAUUUGAACUUGGUGUGUGUGCUAUUGACCUUUUAUCUUUUAUUUUUUUAGUUCCCCCGUUUUGUGGGGAUGGAGACUUGGGGUCAUACCCAGUGGUGCUCAGGGAUCAUUCCUGACACUGCUGCGGUGCCCAGGAUCAAAUCAGUUGAUUUUUAUUUUAUUUCAUCAAUUCUUUUAACUUUUUUUUAAUUAAAUCUUAGUUUAUCUUUAAUUUUCUGCCAUGAAAAUACAAUGUAUUCAGUGUUAACUUGAAAUUCUAAGAAAUCUCGAUUGGUGAUGGGAGAGCUCUUGCCUUGCAAGCAGCCAACCUGGGUUUGAUCUCGGGUAUCCUGUAUGGUCCCCCUGA